AUGUGGAUAUACACAAAUGAAUUGUAUAUGCUUGCCACAUAUGCAGCAGACGUGGUGAUUAUCAUUGAAGCACACAAUCCGGAGAUGAUCAGCGCGACUGGUUACCCCGUGGAAUCUCAUGUGGUUAGAACUGAAGAUGGAUAUAUAUUAACAAUGCAUCGUAUACCUCAUGGAAAAGUUCCCGAUAGCACAAAAAGGCCCGUUGUAUUUCUAUUUCACGGACUUAUGUGUUCUUCGGCAGACUUUGUUGUCAUCGGACCUGAACGCGCCUUGGCAUAUCAACUUGUUGAUCGAGGAUACGAUGUUUGGAUGGGAAAUGCCAGAGGAAAUACCUAUUCCAGAAACCAUGAAACCCUUGAUCCCGAUUCAGCAGAAUUUUGGGAUUUCAGUUGGCAUGAGAUAGGAAUAUAUGAUUUGAAGGCAAUGCUGGACUACGUUUUGUCUAAUACAGGCUCAGAAAAACUUCAUUACAUUGGCCAUUCUCAAGGAUCAACUACUAUAUUCGUUAUGCUUUCUAUCCUAACCGACUAUAACAACUACUUCUAUUCAGUUUCUGCUUUGUCCCCCUUGGCGUAUAUGUAUCAUUCUAAAAGUCCUGUCAUGCGUGCUAUAGCACUAUCAGAGCUUCCUGUGGAAGUAAUGUCCAGUAUUUUGGGAUAUAAUGAAUUUUUGCCAAGCGAUGAAUUUACACAAACAACGGCCGCUAUAUUAUGUAUGAAUGAUCAACCACUUCAGGAGGUUUGUGCUAAUAUACUUUUCCUUCUUGCUGGUUAUGAUUCUGAGCAACUUAAUCGAACUGAACUACCAGCUAUACUGGCAAAUACACCUGCUGGGGCAUCAACUAAACAAAUCCUGCACUAUAGCCAAAGUGUAUAUAGUAACAACUUCCGGCAAUACGACUAUGGACCAGUAACAAAUUUGAUCGAAUAUGGAACACUAACUCCACCAGACUAUGCUCUUGAUCAAAUCACUGCUCCUGUUGGUCUAUUCUAUAGUCAGAACGACUGGGUAGCUGAUGUUAAAGACGUUGAGCAGUUACAUUCUAGACUACCUAACGUAGUUAAAUAUUAUAAUGUGCCUUUCCCAAAAUUCAAUCACCUUGAUUUCACUUAUGCUAUCGAUGUUAUACCUUUGUUGUACGAUGAAUUAAUCAAUUUUCUUGACAGCCGCACAAACUGAGUGCUGCAAAAUUAACAAGUAAGGGAAACUGGGGUACCACCAAACACUGCGAUUUUUUAGUCGGAUAUUCGACCUCAGAGGAUAAGACCUACAGGAAUUUAUAGGCACUAUAGAGAUGCUUGUCUACUGAAGGAAUGGUCGAGAUAGUCCAAGUAGUUUAGAAAUAAAAAUUAGUGUUUGGUGGUACCCCGUGUUUGGUGGUGCCUCAGUUUCCCCUAAUGGUUUUUGAUGGUUUGUUGCAUUAACUAUAGUAAGGCGGGGUAACUGGAUCGUUUUCCGAAGACUGUUACUUAAACGCUAGUUUCUGGACUGAUGAAAUUCUUUUUUACUUCUUCUAAAUCCAUAGAAUUAUUCACUAUUUCAUUCAGAAACAUAAUAUAAAAAAAAUUAUCAAAAAUAUUAAAGAAAAUUUAUAAAAUAAUGAUAAUACUGAAAUAAGUCAGUAUGCAUCAACUGGGUCGCCUUUUCGCUAAUUCACUUUUAAUUAAACCUUUGGAUUUAAAGUACUUUUUCUACAAGGAAAAAACAAUAUCUGUUUUCAAUCAACCAAUUGUCAUUAGCGAAAAUAUCACAGCUAGAAAAUUUUUAGUCAAGAACCCAGCUGGAAUAAGAUUGAAAUGAGUCGAUUACACUACCUUAUUUAAUGGAUAAAAAUAUUUUUUUUUCUUUUUCUCAAACUUAAAUACAGUGGGUGUCAAAAGUUUAUUGCCUCAUGUAUGUUCGGGAAACCAGGUGCAAAAAAUGAUAAAAAAAAUUACUUUUUAAAAUUCUUCUUUUUGCAAACUAGUAGCCUGUUAUCCGUAGAUCAUAUUUAUAUAUUUCGAAAAAAAUAUUGCAUUUUAUUUCAUAUAAAAAAUUAUUGUUUUACAAAAGUUGUUCAUUUUUGAAAAAUCAAAAGUUUGUUGCCUCAUUUGAAAAGUUACUCAAAAGGGUCAAAAACAUGCAACUAACUUAAAAUAAACCUACCAUAUUUUGAGUUUAUGUCAUUUGAGAGGCCAAUGGUGCGUUUGGACAUUUCUAAAGUUGUAUAUGAUAAAUACAUGUGUUUAAAAGUGAUAAUAAAUAACAAGAAA